UAGCCAGUUCAUCCAUUCACAUGUAAAUGAACCGUCAUAUAUACCUAGUCCAUGCCCCCUCGGAGCAGCACUAAGGAGCCCAGCCUCUCUGUGAGCUUUGUCGGCCGCUGGGAUCACCCGGCCAUCUGUCCCAUUGACGAGCUGUAACGGCUCUUUGGAUUUUACACGCCAAUCUCCAGUCCAGUGGCUUUCUGGCAGCGCCUGGGUUAAACUUUACCAACAUGGCCCCCAUCCGUAACAACACAAACGGCACGGACAGAGGUGAUAACUGCAGUGGAAUUCAGUCUGACAGAAAGAUGAGGAAACCUCUGGUCGAGAAGAAACGAAGGGCUCGCAUCAAUGAAAGUUUACAAGAACUCAGAGUUCUCAUGGCGGAUGCAGACUUACAAUCAAAGAUGGAGAAUGCUGAAGUGCUGGAGAUGACAGUGAAACGGGUGGAGAGCAUCCUACAAAACCGGGCUCAAGAAGUGGACGCCGUGAACCGGGAAGCCUGUGAGCGAUUCGCCGCGGGCUACAUCCAAUGUAUGCACGACGUGCACACGUUUGUGUCCAGCUGCCCCGGGAUCGACCCAACGGUGGCUGCGGAGCUGCUGAACCACCUCCUGGAGAGCAUGCCCCUGAACGACGAGGACCGGCUUCGGGUGAUGCUCCCGGACACGGAGGCAGAGGAGUGCCCCGGCAGCAACAGCACUUGGCCCGUGUCUGAGAGCAUGUACACGGCCCUGGUGUCCCCGGCCCCGUCCUCCACCACCUCCACCUCCACCGAUGACCUCUGCUCUGACCUGGAUGAGACGGACUCAGAGCAAAGUCAUGUCUCCUCCUCAGAGGAGGCUGACAGCCAGGAUGUGUUGAGCUUGCCCUCCUUGACUUACUCCAAGUCAAUGUGGAGGCCUUGGUAGAUUAAAUAAAAGAAUAGCAUGUUUUAAACCACACUAGAUGAUUUAAUGCUUUGUGUUAGGCUGCUUGUGGGGUAGGCCUCAGUACAGGGCAACAACACUGCUGAAAUAACUUGUUGGAAGGCAUCUGAGAAGCUCUUUGUGUAAUUAUUGGGGAACUACAAUUAAACUAAAAUGUAUUUAAUAAAUAAAGUAUGUAAUUAAAUCUGUGUUGCAGAGGACAUAGACUCAUAGGGUCUUCAUUUGGAUGUGUAUUGGCCUGCCUUCAGUGAAGGGGUAAAUGCAUAUGUAAAUAUUUACGUGUUGAAUAUGACUGAGCUGUAUAGACCAUAGCUGUCCCUAGAGAUGCAUUGUUAGUCGUAUGUAAAUUAUUUUGUAUUUAGGAAGUCUUUAACUUUGUAUUUAUAAGUGUCCAUGACUUUUAGUAGGCUACCUCAUCUGAUUUGCCUAAGUUUUAACUUUUCAAUAAAUACCUUUUGACUUUUAAA